AAAAAAAAAAAAAAAAAAAAAAAAAAAAAACAAAAACAAGCAACAAUUAAAACAACAAACAACAACUACAAGUGAAGAACAAGAAAUAGUCCUGAAGCAGUCCAUAUCUACAAGCAACUUAUACAGGUCUCAUCGGAGGAAAGAAGCAGAUAAAAACCUUGGAAAUCAACAAUGAAAUUAUUUAUUAUGAUAAUACUAGGGUUCGUACCUGUACAAUCCGACGUCACAAUAACAAACAUAACGCAGACUCAGGGACUUAUACCACUACAACUAGGCGAUGCUAAAUUAAUCACAGACUUUCAACAUCUAAUCCAUGUUAUUAACCUUAAAACAUAUAACGACAAUAUUAACACUAUAAAGCAAACUUUGGAUCGAAUAGAGGAGACAAGAUUUACAGCAUCACAACUUAGAACUACGAAACUGAAACUGAAUAAUCUCUCAGCCAAAUUGGAUAUAUUAACCCCAAAUUAUAGGAAAAAACGGGGACUUGUAAAUGCCUUAGGAUCAGCAAUCAAAUUCAUAACGGGAAAUAUGGACUACAAAGAUGCAGAAGAACUAAAUAAAAACAUUGACAAUUUAACUAGAGGAAAUACCCAAAUAAAAACAACGCUUAAAAACCAAAUGAUGUUAAAUAACAAAAUGAUAACAAGAUUCGAAAACAUUACCAAUCACAUAAAUGAAGAACAAAACCUAAUAGAACGUUCUAUAAUGAUGAUUCAAAACCAGACAAGAAAUGCCAUAAACCCCUCGGUUAAUGCAAUAAUCCAAAUGCAAAAUUUACUUCAAAUCAGUUUUAACAUAGAUAUACUUACCGACCACCUUAAUGAUAUCGCAGAAUCAGUAGUAUUAGCAAGGCUUAACACCGUCCCAAAAUUAAUAUUAACUACUGACGAACUGAAUGAAAUACACAACAUACUUAACAAUGCAACGGACAUUAUAUCACCAGAACAUAUAUAUGAAUUACUACAACUGACAGCAUAUUAUAACGACACAAACAUAAUAUUUGACAUACAAAUUCCUAUAAUUUCUAAUGAACUAUUUAAAUUAUUACACAUAAUCAAAACCCCCAUAAAUAACACCUUAGAAAUAAUAACCGGUGAAUACGCUUUAAUAAACAAUGAUAACCUUUAUCUUUUCGACAACCGAUGCAAACAAAUAGAACAAAAAUUUUACUGCAACUAUGAAACUCAAUACGAAAGAAAUAGAGAUUGCCUAAAAUCAAUUUUGCUUAGAGAAGAAACGGUGGCAUGUCACCUUAGAGACAUAGGAUUAACUACGGACAUAAUAUAUCCAGAACCAAAUUACCUAGUGCUUAUAAACCCUCCAAUAGGAACAUAACCACAGUAUGUAACAACGUAACUAAGAGUCUACCAAUCAAGUCUUCCUCUGUUAUUAAUUUUAAUGAAUGCAAAAUCUUAUUUAAUAAUGUCUGGUAUACAGAUAAACCGAAUAUUCAACAAGAAAACAUUAGCACAAUAACCUUCCAAACUAGCUUCUCAAACAAUAUUACAACACUCUCCAUAAGAGACGAACUAACAUUACCCAAACUAGAUCAAUACAGAUUCCAAAAUAAAGCAAAUAUCGAAUUUCUUCAAACAGACUCUGACAAUUACAAAACAAUUUCUUAUUCCGCAUUUGGUAUAAUUAGUUCUAUAAUCAUAAUAUUAUCAAUAAUAUUAGUAAUAAGAAAGCCUAUAAAAUUAAUCUACUCCAUAACCCACAACAAUAAUGAAGUUCUGGCCACAAAUGAUCCGAAGCCCCUUUGACCCUCACUUCAUUCUGGAGAGGGAGGAGUUACCUACAGCCACCAAUAAACAACAUUAUUAUUAAGUUCAUUAUUUUCAACCACAACCUCAUUUAUUAAAAACAUCAUUAUUGUUAACACCAUUAUUAUUAACAUCAUUAUUAUUAACAUCAUUAUUAUUAAUAUCAUUAUUAUUAACAUCAUUAUUAGUUACAACAUUGUCAUAAGCACCAAAGAGCUAACACCAAUAUUGUUGACAUUAUUUCGUCAGCAAUAAUUCUCCACUUCAACAUCACAAUAACAACACUAGUAAUAAAACUAUGACGGAAAUAACCCAAAAAGAAAUGUUUACUUUUACUGUACCCAAUACAAAUUUUUAGCUUAAGUAUUUUUCUUGAUAGCUCUAGAUUUUAUGUUCCUUUGUUCUUUGUUAACUCUAAGAAAAAUCAAUAAUUGUAAAAUCGCUUAAAUAUAAGAAUUUUUUGAAUAAAGCAUCAGUUGUAUUUGGCAUCUAAAACAGAAUAAUUCUUGUUUUCUGAUUUUUCGGCGGUACGGAAGUUAA